CGCGCGCCGUGGGUCGAUAGCAAGCGGCCGUCUCCUCUGCCGCCGCCCGCCCGGGGUCAGUCCCGAGCCGGCGCCCCGAGCGCAGCCCGCACGCAGCGCUAGUCGAGUCCUCUGUCCGUGUGUUGUGAUGAAGCAACACAAAAAGAAACCAAUAAGAUCGUAUAAUGCUAAAGCUACCCAAAGGCCUUAAAAAGAAGAAAAAAGGAAAAAAAUCUAAACGUAAAGGUGAAGAAGAGCUUUUCACAGAAGAAGAGCUUGAAAAAUAUAGAAGAGAACAUCAGAAGCAGAAAGAAAGUAGCGAUGAAACUGUAAAAGAAAAUGAGGAAUGGUCUAAAUUCAAAGACUUGACUACUGGGGUCGACUCUGUUCUUAAGAAAACCCAAGGGGAUCUUGAUCGAAUCAAGUCCACUUCAUUUUUUCAACGAAUACCAGCAGGUACUAAAGAGCGAGAGCCGGUUGAGAAGGAAGAGCCGAAGCGACCCGUGGUUGAAAUAACUGAAGCUGACUUUCCACAGUUAGCGGCAGCUGCAGCAGCAGCCACCGUAGACAGUGAAUACGACUACGGGGUCACUGAUGAGGAAUCCGACGACGAGGACGAACAAGACGACAUAUUUGACACAUCUUAUGUAGAUGCUGUUGAGCGUGGAGAAGUAAAACUUGCCUACGUUCCUGAUUCACCAGAAGAAUUUCAGGAUGACGAUAUUUUUGAUACAUCACAUGUUGAUGCUUUAAUAAAAGGCCAGGAAUCAAAAACUCCUAAAGGUAAAAAAGGCCUGGACAUUGGUGUUGCUGUCGAAGUCUUAACUGGACGAAUAGAUAAUCUUACUAUAACUUCGACGAAGAGAUCUAAAAGAGUUAUACCUGGAGAUUUACUUUUAGAAAGUGUAGAUAAAGAUAAUUUACCAGCUGUGACAUCAACUGUUGUCGAACCUGAAGAAAAAAGCAUUCUAGAUAUUGAUGCUGAUAUUCCAAUAACAAGUCCUAUAGAUCUCAGUGUAUCUUUGCACACUACAUUGAUUCAACAAAAUAAAAGUAUUAGCCGAGAAGAAUUAUUUGCUUCUUGUGCUGAUGAUAAAAAUAAUACCGAAGGAGAAACAGAAGUUGAUGAAUUUACUUUAUUAGCUGCGGAAUCUUUAGAAGUAAAAACGGUUGUUAAAAAAAUCGAAGAAAGUGAAAUUAAAGUAGAACCUGUUUUACAAGAAUCUUGGUCAGCGUUUGAAGCAGACAAAAGUGAUACAGUUUUUGCAGAAGGAAUAGUUGAAGAUCAGCUCGACGUUGAUCCUUAUGUUGAUGAACACGACCCAUUUGAUACUAGUUUUGCCGAUGCAAUAAUUCCAGGUGGAACUUUGCAAGAACAAGAACAGAAAUCUGCGUUAUUAGAAGACGACGAUGAUUUUGAUCCUCGCGCAGACGAGGUUAAGGUUAUAUUAAAUAACAGAAGAAAAUCAUCUGUUCGUAUUCAUAUAACUAAUCCUUCCGGUCUACGAGAAUCAAUAACAUCUGAUGAUAUUGUAGAUAGUGGUGAUAGUCAAAUCCAACGAGACCUUCUAGGAGGAAGCACAACUGAUUUGACACAAUUAGGUGAUUCUCUUUUAGAACCAGUAGAUAUAAAUGAUAGUGAAAUCGAUCCUUUUGACACUACUAUAGUAGACAAGAUUGUUGCACCUGGUAAAGUUGAAUUAAAACUUUUAGAGGAAGAACUUAUUGGAGUUGUUUCGUCUGCACCAAUUUAUAGGGUACCUAGUGACCCCGAUUUUGAUCCAAGGGCAGACGAACCUAAAAAAACUGAGAGAAGAGCUUCACGCCCCGAGAACCUUACAGUAAGUAAAAGUGUAGGUUUCAGUGUGGAUGGCGUAACAAUUUCAGAAUUAGAUUCUCAGGGUAAAUCUAAGCCUGUGAAACCUGUGACACCUUAUUACAAUCGGGAACUCUCUAUAACAGAAGACAUUAACGAAGACUCGGAAGUCGCUGACAAACCUUUAAAAACUUUGACUCGAACGCGUUCAGAAGAGGAAUUCACUUCAAGUAUUUCUCAUCAAACUAAAAGAAGACAUUCUGAAUUUCCUCAGCAAAAUAAAAUCGCUUAUAAAGCAAGCGAUCUCUUACACGAUACCGUAAACGAUAUUGAAGUAAAGGUGCUUACACCCACUGAAACGAGAGUUCCACAAAAAACCUUAUCAAAGAAAGAUAUUGAUCCUUUUGAUACUUCAUUUGCGAUUAAUAUUGAACCAAGCAAAACAGAAUUAAAGCUAUUAGCUAAGGAAUUUUCUUGCGAAAAGUCAUCAGGUGUCGAAGGAGAAGGUGAACCUGAUUUAUUAGAACCUUCUGACGAUAUUUUUCAAAUCAAAGCACUUACCCCCGAACCAUCGGAUAUUGCGCGAAUUCCUGAAGAAGAAUUUGAUCCAUUUGAUACUUCGUUUGCAAACGAUUUAAACCCAGGAAGGACUGAGAUUAAGUUACUAGAAUCGGAAUUUUUAAAUUAAUAUUAAAU